AUGGACAGCGCUUUAGCGUUGGAGAUCGAGCAGGUCUCGCGUCAGAAGGCGCUGGAGGAGGAAGCGCUCCGCGGCGAGUCGGCUGUGCGGCAGUUCUACGCGGGAACCACAGCGCUGAUCACUGGAGGCACGGGCUUCAUCGGGAAACAACUCAUAGAGAAGCUUCUAAGAUCGUGCGAUGUUAAGCGGAUUUACAUAUUGAUACGAUCGAAAAAGGGACUGUCUAUGGAAGAAAGGCUCCAGUUACAAUUUAAAGAUCCUGUAUACGACAAUUUACGGUCUCAACAACCAGAUUUCGCUCGGAAAGUGAUACCUGUCGAAGGUGACAUCUCAGAACUAGGCGUCGGCUUGAACGAUGAAGACAGGAUGAAGCUUGCGCAAGAGGCGAAUGUGAUAUUCCACGUGGCCGCCACGACCAGGUUCGAAGAGCCACUAAAGAAGGCCACAUUCAUUAACGUCAGAGGAACCAGGGAGAUCCUUGAAUUGGCCAAAUGCUGCAAAAAUCUAAGAUCCUUCGUACACGUGUCAACUGCGUUCUUCAAUGCAACAAAGAGCAGAAUAAAUCACACCAUCGAGGAGAAAUUCUAUGAAAGCCCUGUCCCUCCGGAAGUCAUGAUACAACUCGCGGAGACAGUUGAAGAAUGCAGACUCAACGCGAUCACUGCUGAUUUGAUAAGGGACUGGCCCAACACGUACUGCUUCACGAAGGCCAUAGCGGAGGAUGUCGUGCGUACAAUGGGCAAGGCUUUACCUGUGGCCAUAGUGAGGCCACCCAUAGGCAAGUAUUCAAGGUGUCUUCUUUCAGAAAUAGUUAAAGUCGAGACAUAUAAAUAUGUAGUAACUGGCCACAUGUAUAGUUUAACACCGGACCUCUUAUGUGACGAUCGAAGCAAUCCAUUAUAUUUUCCGUUUUCAGUUGUCUGCACGCUCAAUGAACCCACACCUGGAUGGGUGGAUAUGAGCUCGGUGAUUGGUCCCAGCGGGAUUAUUUUAGGCGUAGGCCUUGGCGUGACGCAUGUGGUUUUAAUGGGUGACAUAAUGAUAGCGAUAGCUCCUGUGGACUACGUCAACAACACUGUAUUGGCGACAGCGUGGGAAACCGACAAACGUUUUAAAAAUAAUGAAAAAGAGUCUAAGAUUUACAAUAUAAGCAACUCCAGAUGCACACUUGAGAAAAAUCUUUUGUGCGAUGUCCUGAAAAAUCCUAACACAAAACAGUACGCUACGCCGAAAGCCGUUUGGUACUGUUAUGGUUUUGAGACCGGAAGCGAUGUUGUAUUCUGGUUGUUAACAUGGCUGCUGCAUUACAUACCUGCGUAUGUAGCCGACUUCGUGUUUAAUGUGACCUCCAUGAAGCGUCCUGAGGGCAUAAAGUCAUUCGUUAAAAUGUAUGAAAAAAUAUACAAAAUGUCUAUGUUGUACGGCUAUUUCCUGAGGAACCAGUGGAAUUUUGUCGAUGACAACACUGUGGCCAUGUUGAACCAAAUGUCAAAAACUGACAGGAUAUUGUUCAAUUUUGACAUUUCGAAGAUCGAUUGGCCGCACUAUAUGCUGAUCUGGUGCAUCGGCUUGAGAAAGUUCAUCGUGAAAGACGGACUCAAAGACAGCGAGUAUGGAAUGAAGAAACAGAGAUGGCUGAAGAUAGCGCACAUUAGUUUUUAUACGCUGUUCUUUGGAGUCGUGUUUUCUUUGUUAUAUCUCGCCUGUAGAAUUUUUAUGUCUGUAAUUUGAAUACGAACGCCGCCGCGCCGCUCAGACACUUACGAAUUAACACUUGUACUUGGGUUUGUAGGUUUUAUAUGUUGCAUUAAUAUGUACUUUGUAAAUUCGAUGUGAUA